GGGAGACUACAGUAGCUUUCGUGUAAGCGUUUCGCGUUUCGCUGGAUAUUUGUCGUCAGAAUGGAGUGGAUGUAUUCAACAAACGUUUUAAUUUUCAUAUGUCUUUGUAAACUGCUGUCAGUGUCAGGCUACAGCAGCUGCAAUUGUAAUCCAGAGCAGGAGUCCUGCAAGUGCCCACCCUGCAAAAAGGAUUACUACUGGCGUCGAAAAACGAGUGGAUACCGGUGUGAUUCUUGCACACAGCCCUGUUCCGUAACGAAACACCUUGUUGAGAUAAAAGCCUGCGGUAUCUCCACCAACCGUGUGUGUCACUGUGCUGAAGGCUAUUACUGCCCGGAACUUCUAAACUACAGCUGUGUUUUUCCCUGCAAGCCUUGUCCUCCUGGAACAUUCUCCAAUAAAGCAUCCUUGGCGUCAUCCUGUUAUCCUCACACAGAUUGUAAAGGUCGAGGAGUGAUCACGGAGGGGACAGCUACACAGGACCGGGUCUGUGUUGAUGCUACCACCCCCAGACCUGCCUCAAAGAUCACAUCUGGGGCCCCAGCCGCGCAAGUGAUCCGGGCACCUGCACCGCACGCCGGCGACCCGGGUUCGAUUCCCACCCCGACGUCCUUUCCGGAUCCCACCCCGACUCUCUCACCCAUUCGCUUCCUGUCUCUCUCUACUGUCCUGUCAAAAUUAGAGGCACAAAAGCCCAAAAAAUAUACUUUAAAAAAAAGAGAGAACACACCUGGAAUAUCUCCCUCGCCCAGUGACGCCCACACACUGACAACUUCUCCGGGCUCUCCGAAAGCUUCUGUUGCCUCCGGUGCUCUGAAGGAAAGCAAAACUCACAUAAACACCCGUGACCUGAGGGAAGGUACACCAGCCCCCUUGACAGACUCCCCUAGUCACUGGCUGAUUGUGCUGAUGAUGCUCUUGGUUGUCUCGGUCCUGGUGGGCUGCUUCCUGUGGCUCAAAGGCAAGGCUCUGAAGAAGCAGCUGAAGUGGACCAGGGGUCUGCCAUUUGGGAAAUAUCAAGGAGCAAAGAAGGCGGGUUACAACAUCUGUGCACCCUCCCUCCAGCACGAGCAGGAGCAGCAGCACGGGGCAGAGAUGGGAGGGGACCCCCGUGUGGAGCGGCUGAUUCCCCUGAGUGCGGGGAACGGGGGCCCACCGAGGGGAACGGACUCCGCGGCCCAGCCUCACCCAGGCCAAGGCAGCACGCAGCACGUCACCAUGAGCAACAGCGGAAGGGGAGAGAACAUCAGCAACACUGUGGGGUCUAUAUUUAUCUACUCUCCAGGAAUGGUGGUCCUGGGCACCAAUGCAUCGGAGCAGCGAGGGGAGGAGCGGCAGGGGAGCACGGAGCGGCUUCAGGCCUCUGUGCCCCAGCAGGAGUCCCGCAGUGCCUCCUCCAGCGGCUCCUCCAGCUCCUCCAGCUCCUACCCAGACUCCGUGGGGUUCAGCACUCAGGAGGAGGACGACGACAACAAAGAGCUCAGCUACCCCAUCCCAGCCAGCGGCAAAUGAGCUGAGGUUCCCUGGCACUGGUGAUUGGCAGGAAUGGCACAGAGGAUGAAGUCUGAACAGGCUGUGGAAGAUCAUUUUGAGUAUGACCGAGCGGGUUCAUCUGGGUUCCAUGGAAGUUUUGAAGACAAGUGAGGUGAUCAGGACCGGGAAAUGUGGUCUGGAUGACGAGCACUUAAAAGGAACAAGUGCUUAUUACACGGGAGUUUGUUUGUAUUGUCAGGGAGUCACUGCUGGACCUGUUGACAUUUAAAGGCCAGGUUCCUGCCGCAGCUUGCUCUGCACGGGUGAAAGAACUCUAGGCUGUCUGUGUGCAGCGUUAAGAAACAGACGCCCUCACACAUUCCGGUCAGAGUCUCACUUCCUCUUUGACGAGCCCAGAGAGCCAACAUGAAAAUAAAUGCGUGCGCGCAUGCAAAUGGAGCGCAGGUCUGUAAUGAAAUGACAUACCUCUUUAUGAGUGGACAAGACACUGACUGCUUGUUUACUGUAAGAUAGAGUAGGUGUGUGGACAAGAAGUGCCGUGCAUGUUGCCCGUUAACUGGCUCAUUUCCGAACUGCCACAACACUGGAGAACGUAAUCACUUCUUACGGAAGAAGUAAUUUACAUACUGUGGGCAGUUUUUAUUGCACGGGACCCAUACUGUAUAUAUAGUGAACUCACACAAUGUGUCUAGAUAAGCCUUAUAGGACAAUUUUCAAGUUUAUAGUUCUGGUGUAAAUGUGAAGAUGCCAAAGGAAGUUUAUUGAAAUAAUGCUAUGCCAUUUUGCUCCAACAGACUUUAAUAGUGUGUCAUUAAGGAUUCUCCUUUCUCUCUCUUUCUCUCUUUUUGACAUGCCAUGUGUUUUCAGUGGAAGUUGAUGAUGAUUCAGACUGAAACCAUGAGUCAUUUUUGAAAAUAUUUUGUCUGGUCAUUAUAUCCUAUUAUUUUC